UUCUUUUUUAAUUCACCCACCCAAUUAACACCACUCUCCAAAUCUUCUUUCCACAGAAAAAGAUUGCAAUUGAGAAAGAACAACACAGCACACAGAAUCACCAAAACAGCCACAGCACACUCUUCUAUUUUCCCCAUUUUUUUUCAUGAAAGACAGAACCCCUUCAAUGGCUCAUCAUCAACAACACUCUAUGGCUGAAUCUGGUGACCAUAUUGUUCCCCCUCAUCAACCAUUGAAAUUGAAGAAACCCCACCAACCCAAACACAAAAGAAUGGGGCAAGAGCAAGAAAAAAACACACUUAGACACACCCCAUCUGCUUCGAAAGUCCAUAACAAGGUGGAUUUUGCAUUGGAUGUUGUUAAAGAGGGAAGUGGGGAGGCAGAAGAUAGUGGAAGAGAAAGAUUGAAGAGGCAUAGAAUUGAAGUUGCUGGGAGGGUUUGGAUUCCUGAUAUGUGGGGACAAGAGGAGUUCUUGAAGGAUUGGAUUGAUUGCACUGCAUUUGAUGCUGCUUUGGUUCCUAGCAGAAUUGUUAUGGCUCGAGCUGCUUUGGUUGAAGAGGGUAGAAGAACCACCGCUGGUGGAUUAAGAAUCGAAAACAGGCCUUAAAGAUGGGGGCGUCAAGCUAUCAUUUCUGCAGUUAAAUUCACCUAUACUUGUCUUUUUUUUUUAAUGGUUAUUGUAUGCAUCUUUGG